AUGCUCACCAAAACCCUUCUCAGCUCCCUGAGCAUCACUGCCGCACUCGCCUCCCCACUAUCCAAGCGAGCGCGAGACAACACUCAAGCGGCCGGAACAAACCCCAUCAAGUUCACCACGCAAUUCCUCGGCAACCAAGUCGCCGAAAACAGCUGCUCGCACCGCGACCUCGGCUUCACCGGCAAGAUCAAGGAUAAAUGGUACGCCGUCUGGGGGGAUGCCCUCUGGUGCGCUGCCGGCGUCUCGGAUCCUGAGAAAGACACGAGUGGAUUCCAUGGCAUGGUCCGCGAUGCAGUCUCGGUUGUGACCGGCGAUCCCCUCAAAGUCCAUGACCUUAACUUGAACAAAGACUCCCCCGUGCCCCACCAGAACCAAUUCGUCCCAUUCAACACCGCCUGGGGCGAGACGAAUAUGUUUGGUUUUGGUGGGACGAGCUUGUGCGAGGUGGACUAUAACUCCGCCACGGGUGUCGUCUUCUACCUUGUCAACGCAAACGAGCAAGGCCUCAAAGGAGCCGGCGUAGGCAAAGUCGAAGUCCUCAACGGCACGCCCACCGUAACCAAACGCUUCGGCAGCAACGGCUUCUGGUGGGACCAAAGCCAGUUCCCGCGCUACGGCGACGUGGCCGCUUAUCGUGACGAGAAUUCCGACUUCAUUUAUGCAUGGGGCGGGCCGCCGACCCGCUUCUCCGGCGAUUUCGUCCAGGGUGGGUACAACUACCUGACCCGGGUCAAGGCGUCGAGUGCCUUUGAUAUGAGUCAGUACGAGUACUAUUACGGAGCUUCUGGUGGCUGGAUCAAAAAUAAGCCGCAUGACCAGUUCGGGGCGGAUGUGGCGGUGUUCUGGAAUGUUGGGCAGGGACAGAUGGUUUAUAGCCAGUUUUAUAAGUGCUAUAUCUUUGUACAUCUUGGACCCGGUAGCAGCGAUGUCUUUCUUCGCACUGCCACGAAGCUCGAAGGUCCGUGGACUCCUGAUGUCAAGGUCUUCCAUGCGACGCCUAACAAUGGUGGACUUGUCUACGCUGGUGUUGCUCACCCGUACUUGGAUACGUCAGGUCAGACGCUCGUCAUUUCGUACACCAAUAACAACAAGAUCGAGGUUAUCAAGGUUAAGUUUUCAAAAUAA